UUGGAUACGGGUGAAGACGUAAGUAGUUGUUGUACAGGUUACAAACAAACAGAUCUUCCUCAUAAAUCCACAUGGUCUCCUGUUGUCAUGGUAGCAGGAAAUUAAACUUCUGGACACACAUACACGGAAACACACACAUACACGCACACACACACACACACACACUUAUGCACACACAUGCAUUCACACGCACUUAUGUGUAUCUGAUCUAUGUGUGUGUAUGUGUGUGCUGUCCCGCUCUGUUUUUGCGUUCAUUCAAAUUUAUAGACCAUAUUUCGCCGUAUAAGUAUAAGACGAAGAAAAAAUACCAUACACACUUAGAGCUUCACGUGCACACAACACACACACACACACACACACACACACACACACACACCUACGUAUACAAACACAUUUUCAUAGCGUCACAUUGUGUGUCGACAACAAACGCACAUACGUAUUUGUCUCCACGUACAUACAACCCCACCACAUGCAUUCACAUAUGAAAAUCUACAUAAUCAUAAACUAUACAUCAAAAUACAUACGAUCUCAUCGACAACAAUGAAUGUUGAACAGAAGCCUUUCAGGACUGCGCGUCUUACAUCGAUUACAUGACUUAGGACUAUAAGACUGAAUUAUGUGCGGAUGUUAAUGUAAGAUAGUUUGCAAGACAACUCAAAGAAGCAAUAGGACAGAGGUAGGAAAGUAGAGAAAACGUAGGGUUAAUGCUAUUCAAACAGCCAGAUUCAUGUGUGACGAUGCCAAAACACUUUCGUUCAAUGAAGACAGCUUUACACCAAGCUGUCCUCGAUCAACGUUUACAUCAAGUACGUCUGCUGAUAAAACAACGAGUCAAUGUGAACAUACAAGAUUUGUACGGCCGCACUCCUCUUAUGGUGGCCUGCUUUCUGGAUGAUGAGACGAAAGCGUUUAAAAUUGUACGUACCCUCAUUCGGGCUGGUUCUUGCUUGGACAUUUACGAUGAUUUCCACCGAUCUGCCUUAUCCUAUGCCGCGUUAAACGGACUGAUGAACGUUCUUUCAUUUUUACUGCAGUUAGACAGCUGUACGGACUUUAACGAAGUUGAUAAUAAUGGAAACACUUUGCUGCAUAUGGCAGCUGAAUCAGGUAAUCCGGAGUUGGUUAACUUCUUACUGGACGAUUUUGAAAAAUAUCAUCAUCACAAAAUUGAUGUAGAGAACUCUGAGGGUUUCACCCCGUUCUUGUUGGCUUGUAAAAACAACAAUUGUGCGUCAGCUCACAUAUUGCUGACUAAAGGCAAGGCUUGUAUAGAUGUGAGGGAUCAUAGAGAACAUAGAACUGCCGUAGAGUGGAUUAACGUCAGCCAAAAGUCUAUAUUUCCCAAACUGAAAAGUCCUGUGCGAAAUAAAACAAGCUCAAUCGUACAAAACAUGCCAAGUCUUUCUCGUGAAUAUACCAUGUACAGAAGACAUAUUACACCAAUAUGUCGCCAUGUCGGUAAUAACAAGCCAACCACUUUUGCAGGUUCGUAUCGACGGAUGAAUAAUGUUCACUUGAAGCAGAAAGAAAGAUAUUUAGAAGGGUUUGUUGAUGCACGAGAAGCACUUCUCGUUGAAAUUGCUAAAAUCAACAAAGAACGUCGACCACUGUCUUCAGAGUCGAAUUCCUCGUCUGUAUAUCUUGAUUUAGUAAAUCAGACAUGUUCGACUGAGCGUACAAAAACUGACUUGCUCUUACCACAACUAUUCCAGCUGUAUUCUGAACAACUUUUAGAAAACAACACGCAACAGUUAUCUGCCUUGACACUUACAAGUUCUCAUUUAAAACAAUCCACCACGGACUAAUUCCACCCGCCAAUUUUUUUCAAGCAACUCCUGCCAUUCCAAAUAGCAAACUUCCAACUUAGUUUAUUAACGUAUUCAAAAUAAUAUAAAUAAAUUCUUUUAAAAAAUUAAA